GGGAUAUUCAUGGGCUAUGCUUUGAGCCAGGCACGUGGAACAUCAAGUGCAGUAUGGGAUUAUGUGGAAGCAGAAACAAGUCCAUCCAGAGGGAGAAGAACAAUUCCAUACAUAGGCAGAAACCUCAAACGCUGGCGAAAAAGAAGCGAACUCCACCCCCACCCCCACCCCCGGGCAAGCCGCACAAACCCAACAUUUCUACUGAACAGCUUUUUACCAAUGACAAGCACUAUGUCAUUGCUCAGUACGACUUCAGCUCUUUGAGUGAACGUGACUUGUCGCUGACCGUAGGGGAAAAGUUCGAAGUCCUUUGCAGUGAUGGGGAAUGGUGGCUAGCAAAAUCACUUAACACCGGGAAUAAAGGCUACAUACCUAGUAAUUUUGUGGCCCGUGUCAAUAGCCUGGAAGAAGAAAAAUGGUUUUUUAAAGGCCUCAGCAGGAAAGAAACUGAACGUCUGUUACUGGGGCCAGGCAAUGCAGUGGGUUCAUUCCUGAUAAGGGAAAGCGAAACAAGUCCAGAUGACUUUUCGCUGUCCAUUCGAGACAACUCAUCUCAAGGGGAUGUUGUCAAACAUUACAAGAUCCGUAGUAUGGACCGCGGGGGGUAUUACAUCUGCCCCAGGGCUGUAUUCCCUUUGCUGCACGACCUUGUCAAGCAUUAUUCCGCUCACGAAGACGGCUUGUGCCAGCGGCUAGGAGAGCCAUGUGUUUCUCUGGCUCCGCAAAGACCGUGGACCGCCGACGAAUGGGAGAUCCCUCGGGAAAGCCUGAAGCUCGUCAAGAAGCUGGGAGCGGGCCAGUUCGGAGAAGUUUGGAUGGGGUAUUACAAGAACAACGUGAAGGUGGCAGUAAAGACCUUGAAAGAAGGCAGUAUGCCCCCCAGUGACUUUCUGGCCGAGGCCAACUUGAUGAAGAAGCUUCAGCACAGCAAGCUCGUUCGACUGCAUGCCGUGGUCACCCAACAGCCGAUCUACAUUGUAACGGAAUACAUGCCCAACGGAUGUCUGCUGGAUUUCUUGAAGUCAGAGCAAGGAAUCAAACUGUCCCUCCCCAAGCUUAUAGACAUGUCAGCCCAGGUUGCCGAAGGGAUGGCGUACAUCGAGAGAAUGAACUCCAUCCACAGGGACCUAAGAGCAGCCAACAUUCUGGUCUCGGAGACCCUCUGCUGCAAAGUCGCAGACUUCGGCUUGGCUAGGAUCAUAGAGAACGAAUACCUUGCGCAAGAAGGUGCCAAAUUCCCUAUCAAAUGGACAGCGCCAGAGGCAAUCAACUUCGGGGUUUUCACCAUCAAAUCUGACGUCUGGUCUUUUGGGAUUCUUCUCACUGAAAUUAUCACCUAUGGACAGUGCCCUUAUCCAGCUAUGACCAAUCCUGAAGUGAUCCAAAAUCUAGAACGGGGAUACCGGAUGCCCCGCCCGGAUACAUGCCCGCUUGAACUCUAUGCCAUUAUGCAGAAAUGCUGGAGGAACAACCCUGAAGAGAGGCCCACCUUUGAAUACCUCCAGUCUACCCUUGAGGACUUUUACACAUCCACGGAAAUGCAGUAUCAACCGGAGCCCAAUGUGUCUUGAGCUAAGACCAUUAGGUAGAGAUGGAAGAGAGUUUUUAAGAUCGCU